CCUGAGCUUGGGCUACACCCUACUCAGAGAUAAACACCCGAACCUCACUAAGCUGAGAACCAGGGACCCAGGUGCCUGAGGCCUAAGACGCCUGCAUCUUCGUGCUGACCAGAGAGGGGACAGUCUGCAAGGUGUUGGCCAGAACAUGUCUUUCAACACGGAGUCAGCAAAGGACUUGCUUGUUUUCUUAGGAAAGUCACUGCUUAGUCUUCUGGAAGCUCUGCUUUUCUAUGUGAUCCCCAAACAAAGGAAGAAUGUCGCUGGUGAAAUAGUGCUCAUAACCGGUUCUGGGAGUGGACUCGGAAGGCUCUUAGCCUUGCAAUUUGCCCGCCUGGGCUCUGUGCUCGUUCUCUGGGAUGUGAAUAAGGAGGCCAAUGGGGAGACCUGUCGGAUGGCUCGGGAAGCAGGAGCCACCAGAGUGCAUGCCUACACCUGUGACUGCAGCCAAAAGGAAGACGUGUACAGAGUGGCCGACCAGGUUAAGAAAGAAGUUGGUGACGUCUCUAUCCUCAUCAAUAAUGCCGGCAUUGUAACAGGCAAAAAGUUCCUCGACUGUCCAGAUGACCUCAUGGAAAAGUCACUUGAUGUCAAUUUCAAAGCACAUUUAUGGACGUACAAAGCCUUCCUGCCUGCCAUGAUGGCUAACAACCAUGGCCAUCUGGUUUGCAUUGCAAGUUCCGCUGGCUUAAUCGGAGUAAACGGACUGGCAGACUAUUGUGCAAGUAAAUUCGCAGCCAUUGGAUUCGCCGAAUCUAUGUUUGUUGAACUAUUCGCACUAGACCAAAAAGGGAUCAAAACUACAAUUGUGUGCCCAUUCUUUAUAAAAACUGGGAUGUUUGAAGGUUGCACUACUAAAUGUCCUACUCUGUUACCAAUUCUGGACUCAGAAUAUGCAGUAAGAAAAAUAGUAGAUGCUAUCCUGCAAGAGAAGGUAUACUUGUACAUGCCAAAGUUUUUAUACAUCACAAUGUUCCUAAAAAGCAUCUUGCCCAUCAAGACAGGACUGCUUUUAGGUAAGUACAUGGGAGUCUUCCACGUGAUGGAUGGCUUCUCUGGCCACAAGAAGAAAGUUUAAUGAUGAGUUCCAUGCCUACUGUUGUCUCUCACCCAUUGCUACAUCAGGCUUCUUUUAAAGAAGAAAGUUCUGCCUUACCCAAAGAUAAAUACUACGCAUGUUCUUCUAUGGACCAAAAUGUUCUUCCAGUGUCACUUCAAUACAAUAUUACGGUUUUCUUUUUUGUUGAAUAUUUUUGCUCGUUUGUUUGUUCUUAAAAAUUAAAAAUAGCUCUGUUGUCAUUUCCAUUUCAACAAAAUUGAAAAAAUGUACAUGCAAAUAACAAAAACAGA